UACCUCUCAUGCCCUGUCUUCACGAAGCAAAGAUCUUCAUUCCACAUUGCGGGGUCCUUUAUAGACUUCAUACCACGGUAUACAGGUGGCUUGAGGACCCCGCAAUUGUCUCAUGCUUCAUGGAGAAUUGUGAUAGUAUCCCCGGAAUACCUCCUAGAUCAUAAUGGACGACUUCCAUGAGCUUAAUUCAAAAACUCGACAAGCUGUUGAGGUGGAGUACAUGAUAGAAAAGGAUAAGAAUCGUAGCCAGAAGACUAAGGAAUGCCCAGCAUGGUUGUAAAUCCUUGCCGACGUUUGUGGUGGCUGUACCUAUUCUUUGUCGCUCUCUUCCUGACAGGCACCGUUAGUGCUACUCCGCUCGAGAAGCGAGCAACACAAGUCUCGUUGAAUAGCUAUACGUUCUCAAACAAUGUUCUUGCAGGAUCUAUACAUAUCCAGAACAUCGCCUACACAAAGGUUGUCGGCGUCCACUGGGCUGUUGGUAGUACAUGGGUCUCAUCCCCAAUAGCUGCAAGCUAUUCUGCAGCUUCUACCACUGGUUAUGAGACGUGGGUCUUCUCCGGGACAGCUUCUGGAGCGACCCAGUUUUACAUCCAGUAUGAUGUUAGUGGCUCGUCAUAUUUUGACCCAGGAAACUAUGUUAACUAUCAAAUCACCUCCGUCGCAACUUCCACGACUGCUGCCACCAGUACUACGCAAGUUUCAACAUCAACAUCUGCAACUACUAGUGUCUCACGGGCCUCAACUACCACUGUGGCAACCACCCUCACAUCGACAUCUACAAGUACCAGUGUCUCACAGGCCUCAACUACCACUUCAGUAAGCACUGCGACGGGGUCCGUUUCUCCAAGCACCGUCACAGGGGCCGUUUCGCCAAGCUCGCUGCCACCUAUUAUUCCAAUUUCAAUUCCAUCUGAAGGCCUUGCUAUAGCUCCAACUGGCUGCGGCAACUGGAAUGGAGGAGACAGCUGCACAUCUGAUGCUCAGUCAUCCUUUGCCGCUUCUGCCGAAAAUAGACGCUGGCAAACCCCACCACAGGGUGCAGCUGACUACAGUGCCUCAUUUGGAAACUAUCGUGACCUUGUUGGAUACGCAGACAUUCAGUACAACUCUGAUCGAACCAAGGCCGUUGUUGUUGUUAACGCUGCAUCGAGGACUUUGGAGGCAUUGACGUACUCCUUCAAUGGAGCUGCUGCAACAGCGAGCAAUACCUUCCAGCUCAAUAAUGGGUUCACUUCUACUCUCGCCAUUACGAUCUCUACUUCUAGUGGCAAGUCCCUGACACUAGACCCAAUCAACUUCAUCUGGCAGAAUACAGCUUUAACGGCAGCUCAAAGCACAUUUAACAACGGCCAAAAAGGUGGCAUCGUUGAACUGUUUGGAUGGCCAUACAAUGACGUGGCCAAGGAGUGUGCGUUUUUGGGAAAGGCUGGAUAUAUGGGAGUCAAAGUUUGGCCUUCUUCUGAGAGCGUUUGGGGCAGUAAUUACUACGAGACUGACAAGCAGUUCCGUCCAUGGUAUCUGGUAUAUCAGCCAGUUAGUUACAGACUUUAUUCUCGCAGUGGCACUCGCGCUGAGCUCAGAGCCAUGAUUCAAGCUUGUCGAGCCGCUGGUGUUCGAGUCUACGCCGAUGCAGUUGUCAACCACAUGGUAGGCCAAGGAACAGAUAUCCAAAACCACAGAAACACCGAUUGUUCUCUAUACAGUGGUCACAACGCUACUGUAGGCUCACCCUACUAUACCUCAGGCAACACCUACUUGAUCAACCCUCAAACUGGAACACGACCAACGCACGAGUUUCCAGCCGUCCCAUACGGCCCCACCGAUUUCCACUGCGAGCGCAGCAUCAGCUCCUGGACCGAUAUGAACCAGGUCACAAAAGGUUACCUGGUCGGUCUCCUCGACCUGAAUACCGAGAAACCGUACACGCAAGACCGUAUCGCGACUUACAUCGUCGACCUCCUCUCUAUUGGCUUUAGCGGUAUCCGCGUCGACGCGGCCAAGCACAUCGGCCCACAAUCUAUGGCAGCCAUCUUCGCCAUCGUCAAGAAGAAAUUAGGCGGCAACAUGCCCGCGGACUGGAUCACCUGGCUCGAAGUGAUCCUCGGUGGCGAGGCAGCGCCUCUAGCCUGUGAUGGGAGCGCGAGUAGUUGGUACACUAACUUCGACAAUGUCCUUUCUAGUAACGGCUUCACCGCUUCAGAGAUCUCACAAAUUAAGAUUUGGAGCUCCGAUUAUCCGAAGGAGAUGCCGAUUUGUGGUAGUUGGAUCAUUCCGCCCUCUAGAUUUGCGAUCCAGAACGAUGACCAUGACCAGCAGAAUCCAGGUUCCUCAUCCCGCGACAUGCAAAGCUACGGCUCUGUCCUUAUCAAGGACAAGGACGUAGCCAAGCAUCGUGGCUUUGAAGUCAAUCUCUUCAGCCGCACCGACAACGACUGGCAUAUCAAGCUCAUUCUUUCGUCAUACAUGUUCACCGAUGCCGGCGGAAAUGGCUUUCCAGACGGACUAAGCGAUUGCAGCCUUUAUACCGGGUCGGCGGCGGCGAGCGCAUGUCUGGGCGUCCCGCUGGAUACCGCGUAUGUGGCGAGUGCAUGCGGAUAUACAAUGGUCUCAGGGAAGUACACGAGGCCGCAUCGCGAUCUGUCCAUUAUCAAUGCGAUGAGAGCUUGGGUUGGGUUGGGGAGCACGACAGCGGCGGCAUUAGGGAUCAGUGGAUGUUCUUAAAGACAUGUCGCUUGAGAAAGGG